AUGCACUCAACGCGCGAGGAGAUCAAGGCUGCUGUUGAUGCGUAUCGUACACAUAUGGCUGAACGCAAUCGCCGUGCCCUUGAAGUUUACGUGCAAGUUGCUACGCAGGCUGAGCUCGACCCGGAAGAUUGGGGGGAUGUCGCCGAGGACAUGAGGAUAGACUGUUUUGCGAGCGUUCUGGGUCGUAAUGAUGCCCGGGCCUUGAUAUCGCGUCCAGAGGAUACACUCACGAAGUUCGAUGAACUCGCACCUCUUUGCGAUCUUGACGGGUGCGGGUGGUCUAUUCCGACCAGCGAUGAGCGAGAGCUGUAUUUCUCCCGUCUAGAAAGCGCUCUGAAGACAAAAUGUCUCGAAGAAGUUCGCGAUAGCAUCACCGCCCCUACUGAGCUUCGCAUUCUCGCGGAGUACGUGGGUGCAUUGACUGGCCCCGGGAUGGGAGAGACCAAGUGGACGUAUCAGGCCAUGUUCUGGACCGGGGCGGGCGCUGAGACGGAUCAUUCGAUCAAUGCUACGGUCAAGAAACCUCACGAGCUGGCAGUCGACGGCUGUUGGGAAGUUGCUGCUGGAUGGGAAUCCGGGCAUGGCGUUGAGAGCUUCUUCUACAUAGUUUACUGCCGAAGAAACCGGCCCGACGGAGAGGUUGAGCCAUGGGCCUGGCGGUACAUGGCUUAUGGCCCGGACGACUGCAAAACUUUUGAUACGAUCCCGGAGUUGCUUGAGUGGUAUUGUAGAUAUCGGGAAAGAGAGGUGCCUAACAUUGAGGACUUGGACGCGGACGAGGUAUUGGAAGGGCACAUGUACUAA